AUGUCCUCUUUUUUUCUCUUGAUUCCAAGAUCCAUUGAUCCUCGUCGACAUCAGAGGAAGGAUAGGGACCAAUCUGCACCCAAGUGGCGAUUGACCGACACCGUCUUGCCGGUCCAUGCGAUCGAUAACAUUCCCACUCUGAGGGGUAUUGUGACCAGUCAAGCCUUACGUUUCGACGAUGUUCUUGAUGGGGACCUGCUAUACAAUUCCUUGACGGAGCUCUUGAGCAUGGGAGACUGGAAAAAGUUCGGCGGUCGUUUUCGACUUGAUGAUGUACCGGCCGUCUCUUACACGCACACAACUUACCCUACGACUAUCGAUGAGGCUACGGAUGCAGAAAUCAUACAACCUCGUGCGGGAAAAGCCCGCGUUAUUGACAUACCGGAUGGCGUACGGCGUUUCUUGGUUGGUCCCCAUACACCAAUGUCUAUUGACGAGUAUGUGAAGAAUGACAUACCUUUGAUAUCUCUACAUGUCAUCAACUACGCAGAUGCCACAUUAGUUGUACUCACCUUCCCGCACGCCUUGACCGACGGCAUGGGUUGGAUCGGUAUGAUAAAAAACUGGUGCAAGGUCCUGGCUGGGGCAAAGAACUGGGAUGAGAUCGAGGUCCUAGGUGGACUACACGAAGACGCGCUUUCUAGGUUGGACACGGACAAUGUCCAAGACGACGAGCCAUUUGCCCUUGACCAAAAGCGAUUACGGGGUUUCAGGCUCUUCAUUUUCUCCAUCCGCUCAUUGACAGCCUGGAUCUUCACACCAAAAAUUCACCACAGAGGCAUAUUCAUUCCGGCCCGCCUAUUAGCUCACGUCAAGCAACAGACUCAACGAGAACAAGAGGCCAUGUUCAAAGACCAUCCCGAACAGAAACAAUUCAUUAGCAAUGGAGACAUUCUAUCCGCCUGGUUAAUACGAUUGGCAUGUUCGAAAAUGUUCAGGCAGUCCAACCGGUCAGUUGUUAUCAUGGGGGCGAUUGACCUAAGAUCAAGACUCCAGAAACUACUGGAACCUCGCACCGUCUAUGCCCAGAAUCUCCUGUCUUGGAGUUUCACAUUUGUGACCUUGGGGGACGUACUGGUGGCACCCUUGACUCGCUUUGCGUCCCAAAUUCGAGAAGGCAUCAAGCGCCAGAUCUCGGAGUCGCAGAUUUAUGCGGCAGUCCGACGUAAUCUUCAAUCUAUCUCAGCAACUGGCACAGUGCCCCUAUAUUCCGACUCAGACAGCAUCCUCGUGGUCCUGUCCAAUCUCUCGAGGCUUAAUUGGCACGACGUGUUCGACUUCAAGCCAGCGGUGGUCACAAAAGGACCAGACCGAAAUCUAGCCACGGCUGGACUGCCUGUCUGGCAGUUUGGCUGCUCUGUGUCGGCGGACAGCUUCGCGACUUCUAUUCUGAUCAACGGAGUAGACUUGGACGGUAACCACUGGGUCGAGGCAACUCUCCCGGGGUAUGUUUGGGACGACAUAGGAAACGAACUCGCUCAGUGGGAAGAUUCGGAAUCGUUCUAA